UUCAGAAUUCUGGAGGCAGAUGUCGUCAUAGCUGUUGUUGACGCGAGUGGUGCUGAUGGGGAUACGAAUUCGAUUUUAGCUGAACUUGAGGAACUAGCUGUGACAUCUCUGCCGGUCAUAGUCGUUAGGAAUAAGUCGGACCUGGCACGAGGCAGAAAAUUCGAUGAAAUCAAGUCAACAACUCGAUUGGAUAUUGUCGAUUGUAUAGAAACCUGCGCUCUCAAUUCAGAAGGCUGGCCACGACAAUUUAUAGCAUAG